AUGGUGACUUCUGUCAUUGUGAUAAAUAGCGAGCUGUCCGAUAUGGUGACUCCUCUCAUUGUGAUAAAUAACGAGUUGCCCGAUAUGGUGACUCCUCUCAUUGUGAUAAAUAACGAGUUGCCCGAUAUUGUGACUUCUCUCAUUGUGAUAAAUAGCGAGCUGUCCGAUAUGGUGACUUCUCUCAUUGUGAUAAAUAACGAGCUGUCCGAUAUUGUGACUUCUCUCAUUGGGAUAAAUAGUGAGCUGCCCGAUAUUGUGACUUCCCUCAUUGUGAUAAAUAGCGAGCUGCCCGAUAUUGUGACUUCUCUCAUUGUUAUAAAUAAUGAGCUGCCCGAUAUUGUGACUUCUCUCAUUGUGAUAAAUAACAAGCUGCCCGAUAUGGUGACUCCUCUCAUUGUGAUAAAUAGUGAGCUGCCCGAUAUUGUGACUUCCCUCAUUGUGAUAAAUAGCGAGCUGCCCGAUAUUGUGACUUCUCUCAUUGUGAUAAAUAACGAGCUGCCCGAUAUUGUAACUCCUCUCAUUGUGAUAAAUAACGAGCUGCCCAAUAUGGUGACUUCUCUCAUUGUUAUAAAUAACGAGCUGCCCGAUAUUGUGACUUCUCUCAUUGUGAUAAAUAACGAGCUGACUGAUAUGGUGACUUCUCUCAUUGUGAUAAAUAACAAGCUGCCCGAUAUGGUGACUCCUCUCAUUGUGAUAAAUAGGGAGCUGUCCGAUAUCAUGACUCCUCUCAUUGUGAUAAAUAACAAGCUGCCCGAUAUGGUGACUUCUCUCAUUGUGAUAAAUAGCGAGCUGUCCGAUAUGGUGACUUUUCUCAUUGUGAUAAAUAACGAGUUGCCCGAUAUGGUGACUUCUCUCAUUGUGAUAAAUAACGAGCUGCCGGAUAUGGUGACUUCUCUCAUUGUGAUAAAUAACGAGCUGCCAUAUAUUGUGACUUCUAUCAUUGUGAUAAAUAGCGAGUUGCCCGUGAUAUGGCUGAUAUGGUGA